GAGAAAUGGGCGUAACGAUGAGGGCUCCCUGCAAGAGGUCCGGGGAGAAGGAAGAGCAGGAGGAAGGGGUGGCAGCGGCCGCUGGGCGUCUUGCAGGGGCCCCGGAGGCCGAGGAGUGUUCGGACGUUGAUUCAGACUCCGACCGGGAGAUGGAAGGUAUCCAUGGGCCUGGAGGACUGGUCAAGGACACCCUCUACCUGAGGUCUUGCCAGGCCCAUAGUGUUGUGCCUGCCUCCUGCUUUCUGCGCCAAGUGAGCACCCCAGAGCUGAACCUGAGGCACCAUGGCCUGGGGCCCCAGGGUGCCCGGGCUCUGGCUUCAGCAUUGACCUCCAAUCCCUAUGUCAAGCGGCUGGACCUUCGAGACAAUGGGCUCUGUGGGGCCGGCGUGGAGGCUCUGGCAGGUGCCCUGAGCAAAAGCAGCACUAUCUGUGAUGUGGACCUGUCGGAGAACCAGAUGGGAGUGGUGGGAGUGCAGGCGAUCUGUGCUGCCCUCACGGUGAACCCAACCAUGCAGAAGGUACAACUGGCAGGGAACAGCCUGGAGGAACACGCAGCCCAGUACCUUGCUGAACUCCUGCUGGCCCACACGGGACUGAAAUCCCUGGACCUGAGCUACAACCAGCUGACUGACCACGCAGGGGAGAUCCUUGGACCAGCUCUGGCAGAAAAUACAGGACUCACUGAGCUUAAUAUAAGCUGGAAUCACCUUCGAGGACCAGGAGCUGUAGCCUUUGCCAGGGGACUGGAGGCAAACAUCUUCCUCAGAGUCCUGGACAUCUCAUACAAUGGCUUUGGAGAUCCUGGAGCAUCCGCGGUAGGUGAGGCACUUAAGACCAACAACGUGUUGGAGGAACUCAACAUGAGCAACAACCGCAUCUCUGCAGUGGGAGCCUUGAGCCUGGGCCUGGGCCUCCGGGUCAACCAGACGCUGAGGAUUCUAGUUAUGUCCAGGAAUCCCAUGCGAGGCGAAGGCUGCUUUGGAGUUCUAAAGUCUGUCCGGGAUAAUCCAAUGUCUGCCCUAGAACUCCUAGAUUUCUCUGAGAUCCAAGUGGACGGAGAGUUUGAUGACCUCGCCAGCUCAGUGAAGGUACUUCUUCCAGCACUCCAUGUAAAGACUGCUGCCCACAGAGUAGAGUAUAGAAAAGAGUUACUGCCAGUCUUCACCCCAUCCCUACCAGCGUCUGUCCCUAAGUGACUGUGGUGGGUGGCUUCCUCAUCUCACAUUGGCCACUUCGACGUCGAGGGUUCUUGGCCUCACGAUGCCUUAUUAUCACUUGAGUCUGCAGUGAGUCCCCAUGUCAACCGGGUGGUAAGUCCUAUGGAACCUGUCUUGAUGGAGUCUCAGACCCUGUACCCUCCUCUCCAUCCCAUGGCUCCUGUUAAUGCAGAGACUGGGUCUUCCUUCGCUCACACUAACUUGUGUAACUUCUACUAUGUGCUACAAAUUGGGGUCAGAAAUGUCCAAAGUCCCAGCUUUGGUGACCUCAGGAGACAAUGAAAGUACAAACUCAACUUGCCAGAAUGCAAACUGACACAACUUUUCUGGGAGGCAAUUUAUCAUUAUGCACCAAAAGCCUUAAAACUGCCUGUGCUCUUUGAUUCAAUGGUCUAAUUCAUCUGAUCUGCAGAAAUAACCAGAGCUGCAUAAAAAGAUUAAUGCCCAAAGAUGUUCACCGAAAUGCUGUUUAUAACAUGAAAAUUGGAAAUAAUCUAAAUGCCCACUAACAGGGGUUAACUAAGAUUUGGAAGUCUGCAAACAUUAAAAGCCAAGUGUUCAAAGAACAUUUAAUAAUUUAUGAAAAUGCACAUGAUUAAUGUUAAGUGAGAAAAUCAAGAUAAAAAAAUCACAUGGUUUGGUUAGUAGUUCCUCAAAAGAUUAAACAUGUAGUUUAUCAUAGACCCAGCAAUUCCGGUCAUAGAGAAAUGAAAACAUAUGUUCACACAAAAACUUGCACACAGAUGUUCACAGCUUUAUUCAUAAUAUCCACAAAGUACAAAUGUCCACCAACUGAUAAAUGGAUAAAUAAAAUAUGGUAUACCCAUACAAUGGAACACCCCGUACAAUUUGGCCAUAAAAAGGCAUGAAAUUUGGGGUGAUGAAAGUGUUCUAAAAUUGAUUGUGGUAAUGGUUGCACAAAUCUGAAUAUACCAAAAUUAGUUAUUGUACACUGGUUUUUUUUUUAAAGAUUUGUUUAUUUAUUUUAGAGGUGGGGAGGGACACAGGGAGAGGGAGAGAGAAUCUCAAGCAGACUCCCUGCUGAGCGCGCAGCCAGGCAUGGGGCUUGAUCUCACGACCUUGAGAUCAUGACCUGAACUAAAAAUAAGAGUCAGACGCUCAACUGACUGAGCCACCCAGGUGCCCCUGAAUUGUACAGUUUAAAUAGGUGAACUGUAUAGUAUGUGAAUUAUAGCUCAAUAAGGCUGUUUACAAGAAAAAGGAAUAAGGGGGCGCCUGGGGGACUCGGUUGGUUAAGCGACUGCCUUCGGCUCAGGUCAUGAUCCUGGA